AUGGUGCUUCAGCAAAAAGCUAGUAUGCUGGUAGGCCAAAGUCAUGAGUAUUUGGAGAAGGCUAAUAUUAUUCUGACCUCUGGAGGUUCAAUGAUUGACGCAGAGAGAUUCAUACUAAUGGCUGGAGAAAGCCUUCAAAGGCUGAAUAUUAUUUGCAGAGAUCUGAUGGAGAUGCGUAUACCGUCUGAUGCUCCAAGAGAAUGUGAAAUGCUGCAACAUAGGUUUAACUCCAUCAAACAGAAAAUGGCCGGAUAUGGGACUAUGAAGGGUAACAGAGGCAGUGUUGGCAGUGAUGGUGGGAGGUUGUUCAAUGACGCCAUCAGCUGGAUUAACCAGCAGAAGCGGAUUAUUGAGACAACACCAUUUGGAGACGACUCCCACGCCAUAGGAGAGCAAAUUGUUGCCCACAAUAGAUUCCACAGCUCUAUCCAAAGAAGCACAGAAGUAACACGUGCCAGAGACGAACUGAAGGCAAUAGGCGAUAAGUACCACCUUACCAUCCUGGAACAAGAAAUGGACAGCCUACAGAAAAUGUCCAACAAUCGCAAGAGUCAACUUACUGAACUUCAGUUCAUCAUUGACGAAGUCUCUCGAGCCAUCAUGUGGGUGAAUGAAAAAGAGGAGGAGGAGCUGGUGUUUGACUGGGGAGACAAAAACAUCGACAGCUAUAUCCCCAAGAAGCAGGAGAGCUACUCUAAGCUAAUGAGGGACUUGGAGGAGAAGGAGAAGGAGUUAAACAAGCUGAAACAGAAAACAUCUGGUCUCCUGAGCAAUAACCAUCCUGCCUCAGAUAAGAUUGAAGCCUACAUGGACACCCUGCAGACACAGUGGAGCUGGCUUCUUCAGAUCACAAAAUGUAUCCAAGUUCAUCUGAAGGAGAACGCUGCUUACAGCCAAUUCUUUAAGGAGGCAAAUGAAAUCAAUGCAAAGCUUCAGAAGCAACAUGAGACCAUCAGGACCAAAUUCAUAUGUGACAAGAACACUAGUCUAGAGAACCUAAUGGAACUUCUGAAAAAUCUGGAGAAAGAGAAAGAUCGGAUCAUGGAGAAUAAGAGGCAUGUCCACAGUCUGGUCAGCAAGUCAAAGUCCAUCGUCAGACUUAAGCCUCGAAACCCUGAGGAGAAAUCCACCAGCCCCAUCAUGGUUGAAGCCUUGUGUGACUUUAAGCAGGACCAGAAAGGUAUAUUGAAAGGGAACGAGGGUAUUCUGAAAGACAAUUCUCAGCGCUCCAAAUGGCUUGUGACAGGACCUGGAGGUCUGGACAUGCAGAUUCCCUCAGUGUGCCUGGUUAUCCCACCUCCAAAUCCACUUAGCAUCGGAGUUGCUUCGAAAAAUGAGCAGUAUUACGAGGCCAUCAUGGCCCUUUGGAAUCAGCUCUUCAUCAACAUCAAGAGUCUCAUCGCCUGGCAGUACUGCCUCAAAGAUGUCAACUACAUUAAUUCCCUCACCCUUAGCAUGCUGUCGAAGAUGCGUCCUGAGGAGUACCGCAGCAUCAUCAAAAGACUGGAGACUCAUUACCAGGAGUUCCUCCGAACAAGCCAGGGUUCUGAUUUGUUUGGGGAAGAGGAUAAGAAAACCAUUCAGGGCCACUUUGACAAGGCUCAAGAGCACUAUGAUACACUGAUCAUUCAGCUAACCAACAACCACGGUGAAAAAGGGAAGCCUGAAGCCCCAAAGCCAGAAGACCAAGUCCCCACCAAACAAACAACCAAAACCACCACUGUCAUCAGCCUAUCAUUGCUCACCAAUCUGCAAGAAAUACGUCGCAGGCUGGAAAUAGCUGAAUCCAGCAUCACUGACCAUCUCCAUGUUCCUCUGGGGGAAAACGGUGUGCACCAGUGCUCAGUGCACAUUCAGAAUCUUGAGGGUGCACACCAAGAUCUAGAGUCAAUUUACAAUGAGUAUAUGCACCUAAGAGAAAUGAUUACAAAGCAGCUAAAGGGGGUUCCUGCAGACUCAGAGCAGGCCAAGUUCCUCCGCUCAGAACUGGAAAUAAUCAACCAAAAAUUGGGCGGCUUACAGCAUCUCUACUCAAUCUACAUUCAGAGAUUGACUGCACUAAAGGCUUUACUCCAAAGCCUUCUCCAAGCUGAGGAUAUUAUUAAAGUUCAUGAGGCCAGACUGACAGAGAAGGAGACCAGUUCCACAGACCCUCAAGAACUGGAAAACCACCGGAGUGCUCUAAGGAACAUGAAGCUCGAACUUGAACAGAGACGGGACCUGCUGACUUCCAUGGAGUCCAACAUGGCUGAAGCAGUGCACUGUAACACGCAGAUUUCCGAGUCUUUCCACAGAUGUGAUGUGGAUUUGUCCAAGUACUCUGAACUGGUAGGCCAGCUGAGCGACCGCUGGCGCCGCAUUCAAAACCAGAUCGAUAGCAGAAUGCUGGACCUGGACAAACAAAAGGAGCAGUUAACACAAUAUCAGCAGGACAGAAAUUCCAUGGAGCAUUGGAUAGACAAUACCAGGAAACGCCAGGACACCCUUCAAACGGCCAAGUUCACUGAUAUCCAGAUGUUGAAUGACUAUCUUAACCAACAAAAGGCUCUUCAUAAUGAGAUCAAAGCCAAGAAGGAGAAAGUUGAGGAUGUUCAGAGAAAUGCUGACAAUUGUGCUACUUCCAUAAAGGAUUAUGAGCUGCAGCUUGCUUCUUACAGUUCAGGUCUGGAAACUUUGCUUAAUGUCCCAAUCAAGAGAACAUUGCUCCAGUCUCCAGCCUCUUAUGUCAGAAAAGAGGCUGGUGAACUUCAGGAACAUUACAUCGAGCUGCUUACCCGCUCCAGCGAUUAUUACAAGUUCCUGGGUGACUUGCUGAAAAACAUGGAAGAGCUGAAGUUAAGAAACACCCGGAUUGAGAUGUUAGAGGAGGACCUGAGGCGUCUCCAGGAUGAACUGCAAGAUCAAAAACAAAAAAAUAGGUCUCUUGAGGAUACCUUGGCCAACUACAAGCUGGAACUCAGUCAGUGUAAAAAUGAACUCAUAUCAGUGCAAGAAGUGAAGAGAACUACAGUAAUGCAAGUCAAUGCUGCUAAAGAGAGCCUUGAUAGCACACAGGGCCAGAUUCAACAUCUUAACGAGGAACUGACCCGUCUUAAAUAUCAGCUUGAAGAGGAAAAGAGGAAAAGACGGCUUGCGGAAGAGCGCUACUCAAGCCAGCAGGAGGAGUAUGAGGCAGCAGUCCGUCGCAGGCAGAAAGAACUGGAGGAGGUUAGCUGGAUAAAGAUAGAUCUAGAGAAGUCGGUGAAGGACAAAGAACGUGAAAUUGAAAGACUGAAGAUGCAGCUAGAGGAGGAAGCUACACGCCGGCGAAAUGCAGAGUCAGAUAUAUCAAAGACCUCCCAGUUGGUGCAUGUGUCCGAAAGUAAAUACAGUGAGCUACAGCUGGAGAGAGAUAGCUUGCUCUCCAGACUUAAACUUCUGGAACAGGACAAGAACCGUAACCAGAGAUUAGAAGAAGAGCUUGCUCGACUCAAACUCUCUCUAGAAACAGAGAUACGCAGCAAACAGCGUUUGCAGGAUGAAAAAAAUUCUGUUCUUAAAGAAUUCACCACUAUAAAAACCCAAUACGAGUUUAAAGAAACCCAGAUUAGACAAUGCGAGUCAGACAGAGACAAGGCUGACAGAGAGAGGCUGUCCCUUAAGAAUGAAAUUGAGAGGUUGAUGAGGGAGCUGAAUACUGUGGAGGAGAGGUACAAGAGUCGUCUCAUGAUCUCAGAAAAGGAGGCAUCUGAAUUGGCUCAAAAGAGACAAGAGUUGGAGAGAGAGAUUCUCAGACUCAAACAGAGACCAGCUACGCUUAACAUUCAUACCCAAACAGAUGAGAAGGUCAUGACGAUUGAUCCAUCAAAGCUUGUAUUUGACGGGGUACGCCGCAAAGUCACAGCCCACCAGCUCUGUGACUGUGGUAUUAUCAGUAAAGCGACCCUGGAGCUGCUUCUAAAUGGUAAAAAGACAGUGGAGGAAGUAGCUGUGGACAUCCAGCUUAGUCUAAAGGGCACUGGCAUUAUUGCUGGGAUGGUGACAGGUUCACAUGGGAAAAUGCCAUUCACUGAAGCCAAACACAGGAAUCUCAUUGGCCCAGAGAGUGCUCUCAUGCUCUUGGAAGCUCAAGCAGCAACAGGCUACAUCGUGGACCCUGCCUUUAAUGAAAGGAUGCCUGUAGAUACUGCCUGUUCAAGAGGGAUUGUAGAUACAGAAGAUAGAGAUAUUUUGUUAAAAGCUGAAGCCGCUAGCAUAGGGUUUAAAGAUCCGUAUACCGGCAAGGUGCUGUCUGUGGGACAGGCCUGUAAGAAGGGUCACGUUGACAAAGAAACUGCAAUCCGGUUGCUCCAGGCUCAGGAGUCUGUUGGGGGCAUAAUAGACCCUGUUCUAAGUGUGUUCCUUCCAAAAGAUCUUGCCUUGGAUCGGAAUCUUAUAGACGAGGAUCUAUACAGGGCUUUGAAUAAAAGGCCUACUGCCUACCUGGACCCAGCAAAUGAAGAGAAGGUCACAUAUAGUGACCUUAGAAGGAAGUGUACGGCUGAACCGGUGUCUGGUUUGCUCCUGCUUCGUGGUCCAGAGAAGCCCAUGACAGUGAAGGGUUUCCGUGGUGAUGUCUCUAUCGAUGAACUAGUUAAAUCUGAGCUGCUGGAUAAAACUGAUGUGGAAAAGCUCAAUCAGGGUAAAAUCACCACAAAAGACAUAGAAGACAAGUUAAAGUCCUAUCUCUAUGGCUCCACCUGUAUUGCAGGUAUCUAUGAUGAGGCCAAUGACAGGAUAAUGCCUUUGUAUCAGGCAAUGAAGGAAGGAUUGUUAAUGAGAGGAACCACUUUAGAGCUUCUGGAAGCUCAAGCUGCAUCAGGCUUCGUUGUAGAUCCAGUUAACAAUGUUUUCCUAACUGUAGAAGAAGCUACAAAAAGAGGCAUUGUAGGGAAGGAGUUCAAGAAUAAGCUCCUGUCGGCAGAGAAGGCAGUAACUGGAUACAGAGAUCCAGGUACAGGAAAGACAAUCUCCCUCUUCCAGGCUAUUGAGAAAGAUAUUAUUGAGAGAGGUCAUGGAAUCCGGCUGCUGGAGGCCCAAAUUGCAAGCGGUGGAAUUAUUGACCCAGUUGAGAGCCACCGUAUUGAUGUCUCUGUUGCCUAUAAAAGAGGAUAUUUUGAUGAGGAAAUGAAUGAGAUUUUAACUUAUGAAGGGGAUGACACAAAAGGAUUUUUUGACCCUAAUACCAAGGAGAACUUGACCUAUCUUCAACUAAAGGAGAGAUGCAUCAAAGAUGCAAAAACAGGCCUAAUACUCCUGCCCCUCAAAGACAAGAAAAAGGCUCAGCAAACUCAGGAAAGUCGCACCAAUGUGCUACGCAAAAGGCGUGUUGUAAUUGUUGAUCCAGACACAGGGCUUGAGAUGUCAGUCAGGGAGGCCUAUCACAAGGAGCUAAUUGACUAUGAAACAUUCCUGGACCUUUCUGAGCAGGAAUGUGAGUGGGAGGAAAUCACUAUCACUGGAUCAGAUGGGACUGCACGUUUGGUCAUUGUGGACCGAAAAACUGGAACCCAGUAUGACGUUCAGGACUGCAUAGACCGUGCUCUCAUUGACCAAAAGAUGUUGGAUCAGUACCGUGCUGGAACAGUAACUUUGACUGAGUUAGCUGACAAAAUUGCUAGCAGGACCAGCAGCACUGAAAUGACUAUUUCAACCAGUAGUGUUGAUGACAUGGUCACAUGCAGCAGCCCCACCCAAGCCACUCCAUCUUCCCCUACUGUUCGUAAACGCUUCAACAGCAUCUCAAUUACAGUCUCUCCCCCAGGAAUGUUUGAUGACCAAAGCCCUGUAGCAGCCAUAUUUGACACAGAGACUUUAGAGAAAAUAACUAUUCUUGAAGCUCUCAAAAGAGGUAUUGUUGACACUAUUACUGCACAAAGGUUGCUGGAGGCUCAGGCCUGCACAGGUGGCAUCAUCAACCCUGCAACUGGUGACCGUCUUUCACUUGACGAUGCAGUCCAUCAGAGCAUCCUAGAUGAAAACAUGGCCUCUAAACUGAAAGCAGCCCAAAAAGCCUAUGUUGGUUUUGAGGAUUUGAAAACCAAACGGAAGCUUUCUGUAGCUGAGGCAGUAAAGGAGACCUGGCUUCCUUAUGAGGCAGGCCAGAGGUUUAUGGAGUUUCAGUAUUUGACAGGAGGCCUAAUAGAACCUCACAAAGGGCGUCGCAUCAGCAUUGAAGAGGCCAUCCGGAAAGGCUGGCUAGAUGGUAAAGGGGCACAGAAGCUGCAGGAAUCCCGGAACCUACCAAAGAAUUUGACCUGUCCUAAGACUAAGCUGAAGAUCUCCUACAAAGAAGCCAUGGAUAACUGCAUGGUGGAGGAAGGCAAUGGAAUGAAGAUGCUGCAGGCCUCGUCUAUCUCCAGCAAAGGAAUAAGCAGCCCCUAUAAUGUCUCCAACCCUGGAUCUCGCUCUGGUUCCAGGGCUGGUUCGAGGAGUGGAUCUCGUAGGGGCAGUGUUGACUAUACCUCAAGUUACUCCUACAGUUUCUCCUCAAACAGUACCACUUAUUAAACACUCACGCUUAAUGCAAACCAAAUUAUUGAGCUGUUUUCCAAUUUUACUGUUUUCUUAUUAUGUUUUAUGUUUAAACAUAGCUGGGUUUAUUGUUCAAUGUUAAUCAGUCUAGAUUUAUAUAAGAUUUGCUUGUUUUCAAUUUCUUUAUGGUAGGGUAGUUUGUAGUUGUGAUAUAAGCUGACAUCUUUGUAGUAACAUGUUUUUAACUUGCUACAAAUAAUUUUUACAUACCAUCUAUGUUAAAAUUAUAAAUUUAGCCUUGGUUUUUUUUUCUGUUCAAACUAACUUCACGCACCCAGUAUAGCUGUAAUCAAUCAUUUUCUACUCCUUUUUUUGUGUACUUUGUUGUAGCUUAAUUCAUAUAUAUUUUGCAAAUAAUGUUUUUUUGUUUACUGCAAAUGCUUAUGUUUUGUUCAAAUAAAAAAAAAAAAAA